AUGUCUGCCGCACACGCUUAUUACCCUUCCUAUCCUUCUGGGCCCAUGCCCAUCAACAUGCCCCAGAAGGGAGGCUACUACUACCCUCACCCCCAACAUGCUUAUGGUCGCGUAUCGGCGUCACCACCAGAAGCUCCUGCGAGCGUCACCACGUCUGGAGUCCCGUCUUACGAGCCAUCGGCAACCUCAAGCAGCUACGCUGGUAGUGCGAGUGACUAUGACUCCAGCGGAACGACGACAGGCGUGGAUCUGAUGGAAUAUAUGGGCGAUCGACUCAAUGGCUCAUUCAACCCAACGCCCCUGGAUCGCAGUCUAGCGAGGCAAGCGCAAACAUCAGGCGAGCUCAACGCCAAACACCGAGAACUGCUGGAGCUACAGGCUAUGGCUCAACGGCGACUAGCUGGCGCACGGGUGAACUUUGCAGAUGGCAUGAGAGCCGCAAAGGACGUGCAAAAGGACCUGCAGUGGACGCAAAAGCGUGUUGAUGCUUUGAACAACCGCGCAGCUCGCAAAUACCCCGAACAGUACAAAACAGCUCAACGCCGAUAUCCCGCUCCUGUUGACUACUAG